AUGGAAUAUAAAUACCCGUCACCCACAAAUCAGAUGAACUUUGAUAAUAUCGACGCAAGUGCUGCGGAUAUAAAAAGAAGGUUGGGGAAUGAUGAACUGUUAGCGAAGCGAUAUGAGUCUGCAUUAAGAUGUUUCGAUGAAGCUAUACUCAUUUGUCCUACUGAUCCUACAUUAUAUUUGAGCCGCUCCGGUGCGUUUAUGAUGCUCUCCAAUUAUAAAGCUGCACUAAGUGAUGCACUUACUGCAGUAUAUUUUAAUUCGAAACUAAAAUCAGCCUAUGUCAGAGUAAUAAAUAUAAGCAUCGCUCUUGGCAACAUCGGUACAGCUACUGCAGCAAUAGAAAAAUUAGCGGCACUUGAUCCAUAUUCAGAAGCGCUCAAUGUUGGAAGAAUAUUGAUAGCAAACUUAAAUAAAUUGGAGCGGGAGAUGGUAAAACACUACUACCUCCAAUCGUUCGAGGAUAUCGUAUAUCUAUGCAAUCAAGUACUUUCAAUUGCACCUGCUAACCUAAAAUAUAAGUUAAGAAAAUGUGAAGCUCUCUUGCACUUAACUAAAAUUAAUGAAGCUGUUGAUAUCCUCGACAAACUAAUUUUAAGUGAAGAUGAAGCGCAACAUCCAUACCUUAUUUAUGUACUAGGGUUAAGAUAUUUCUACGAAGACAAAAUAGAUAGAGCAAAACAGUACUUCAGCGAAGCGAUUGACUUAAAUCUAGAAAGUAAUAAUAUUUUGGAAAUACAUCGGGAUUGCUGUAGAAUAAUAUCGGCCGUGCAACAAGGCUAUAAACUGAUAGAAGAGAGGCAGUAUAUUGAAGCAUACGAUAUCUACAGCCAAAUAAUUGAUGAAUUGCGACUCGGUCCUAUAACGAAAUGUAGGUUUCUUUGUCUACGUGCAUAUCUCGCUUGGACAACUAAAAAAAUUGAACGUGCUAUCGACGACUGCAGUUUAGUCUUGAAUAUAGACAAUACACAUUUGGAUGCAUUACUGUUGCGUGCUGAAUGCUUUGACACACUUGAAAAAUAUAAAGAAUCUAUUGAUGAUUACGAAGCAGCUUACAAAUUAGAUGGAUCAUGGCAAAAUUGGAAAAAAUUGUGUACAGCCAAAGGAUUUCUAGCACAAUCUAAGAUCCCAACAUUUUACGAUAUACUAAACGUUCACCAGUCUGCAACAUAUUCGGAAAUUAAAUCUGCUUACAAAAGGCAUGCUAUGGAUCAUCAUCCUGAUCGUCAUCCACACGCGAGCUCUAAACAACUAAAGAGAGAAGAGGAUAAGUUUAAGAAAAUUCAGAAAGCUUACGAAACUCUGUCGGAUGAAGUGGAUAGAAUGGAGUACGAUGAGUAUAUUAAGCGUAGAAAAAUUAAUGAAUCUCACAGUAGUUAA